GGAGUGUCCUCGCCGCCCUCCCUGGUCCCGCGAGUCCCGGGAGCCACCACCCUCCCGGGAAGCGCGGACGUCCGGGCGGGUCCCGCCCGCCACCCGCUCACUUUCUCUUCCUCCUCCCCCCACCCCCCCGCGGCCUCCGCCGCCCGCCGCCCGCGGCUUUGUUUUCCCGCAGGUCCCGCCGCACGUGACACUGAGCGCCGGAGCGGGGCGCUCGGAGCGCGGCGUGGGGCGCGCGCCUAUAAAUACGGACUCGGGCCCGCGGCCGGGAGCGCGGGAGGAGCGGCGCACCGACCGGCCGCCCGGGCCCGCGGCCGGCAGCCGGGAGCCGGCAGCCAGGAGCCAGGAGCCGCGCGUGGGCCGCCAGGGGCCGGCAUGGGCCGCCCGCGGGGGGGCCGGGCCGCCGCGCACGCCGCCCGCGCCCCGCGCCCUGCCCAGCCCGGGCCGCCGCUCGCGCCCGCCGCUUAGCCGGGGCCGCGGACAGACUCCCCGCGGACAGACCGCCGCCUCGGGCACCAUGGCGGCCGCCGCCACCCCCGGCCCCGCCGCCUGCAGCACCGACGCCCCGGGCGCCGGCGGAGCGCAGCCGCCGCCCCCGCCCCCGCCCGCGGCCGCGGCCGCCGCGCCGGCCCGGCCGCCGGAGCCCCGGAAGCCGCGCGUGGACCCGCGGCGCCGCCGCGCCGCCCUCUCCUUCCUCACCCGCAUCUCGCUGGACGGGCGGCCGCCGCUGCAGGACGAGGAGGGCGGUGGCGAGGACCGCGGCGCCCGGGGCCGGCUCAGCCCGCUCGCCGCGGCGGGCACGGCGCCGCCGGAGGCCGGACCGGGGCCCUGCCUUCCGCAGCCCGUCCCGCCGCCCCCCGCCCCCGGCGGCCCCGCCGCGCUGCCCAGCCCCGCCGCCCGCGCGCCGGCGCCCGACGGGCCGGAGGAGCCCGAGGAGGACGACGCCUUCGCGGGCGCGCAGGGGCCCGUGGCCGCCUUCCUGGGCCCCGCGACCCCGGGGGGCGGCGGCAGCCGGAGCCGCCUCGGCUCGUUCACUCCGGGGAUCCUGCCCGUCGCCUUCGCCAGGCCGACCUCGCAGCCCCUGUGCGCCCUGGAGGGCCCGGCGUGCGGCGCCAGCGCCCUGGAGCAGCUGCAGCGGUCCCGACGUCGGCUCAUCUCGCAGAGGUCCUCGCUGGAGACGCUGGAAGACAUUGAGGAGAAUGCCCCCCUGCGCAGAUGUCGGACUCUCUCCGGUUCGCCCAGACCCAAGAGCUUCAAGAAGAUACAUUUUAUCAAGAACAUGCGGCAGCACGACACGAGGAACGGCAGAAUCGUCCUCCUCAGCGGCAGGCGGUCCUUCUGCAGCGUCUUCUCGGUGCUGCCGUAUCGGGACGGUGCCCAGCCCGGGGACCUGAAGUCGGACGGAGGGCGACAGUCAGUGGGUGCCAUGAGCCUGAAGGAGGUCAUCGGCCUGGAGGGCGUGGAGCUGGGCGCUGACGGGAAGACGGUGUCCUACACCCAGUUCCUGUGGCCCACCAACGCCCUGGGCGCCCGGAGGGCCACCAUCGACUCCACCUGCUCCUUCUCCCACCUCCGCACCCUGAGCCACCGCAGCCUCUCGCUGGGCCGGGCCAGCAGCACCCAGGGGAGCCUCGACGCAGGCAGCGACCUGGGAGACUUCGUGGACUACGACCCCAACCUCCUGGACGACCCCCAGUGGCCGUGCGGGAAGCACAAGCGGGUGCUCAUCUUCCCGUCCUACAUGACCACAGUGAUCGCCUACGUGAAGCCCUCGGACCUCAAGAAGGACAUGAACGAGGCGUUCCGGGAGCGGUUCCCCCACAUCAAGCUCACGCUCAGCAAGAUCAGGAGCCUGAAGCGGGAGAUGCGGAAGCUGGCGCAGGAGGACUGCGGCCUCGAGGAGCCCACGGUGGCCGCGGCCUUCGUCUACUUCGAGAAGCUGGCCCUCAGGGGGAAGCUCAACAAGCAGAACCGCAAGCUCUGUGCGGGGGCCUGCGUGCUGCUGGCCGCCAAGAUCAGCAGCGACCUCCGGAAGCACGAGGUCAAGCACCUGAUCGAUAAGCUGGAGGAGAAGUUCCGGCUGAACAGACGCGAGCUGAUUGCCUUCGAGUUCCCCGUGUUGGUGGCCUUGGAGUUCGCCCUGCACCUGCCGGAGCACGAGAUCAUGCCCCACUACAGACGCCUGGUCCAGAGCUCCUAGCGCGGCCGGCACUCACUGGUGCCUGCGUUCCUGGUGCCGCGGACUCCCAGCACAGGUCCGGCUGAUGCUUCCCAGGCAGAGGCUGUGCUGCCACCGGAGACUCGUUCCCGAGCAGAGCUCAGCGCACGGCCUCUCCUCCCAACACGCUGUGUGGAGGCUGUGCGGGCACCUUUAGGGAGUCCCGUCUGCCGCCGGGCGGGGAGGCCUGGGCGGAGACACGGUGGCCCUCCGGCUCCACCAGCGAGAGUUCCUACCGGCCCCCAGUCCUCCUCCUCCCGGCACACAGACCGGCGGCCGGUCCAAACUCCCCCCGCCAAGUCUGAGCGUCACGCUGGAGCCGAGCGGGGCAGACCGCCUGGACACGGAGGGAAGCUUUGCAAAGGCCCUCACGGUGGAGGGGCCAGUGUCUGCCAGCUGUUGGAGGGCGCUGUCCCCGGGGCCUGUGCCAGUGUGUCUGAGCAAGGCUGCCUCGGCCCCGAGCCGCAGCCAGCCUGCCCUCAGCACAGACCUCGCCGGGCCCCCCCGGGGGCUGCCGCCUGGGGCCUGUGCCCGAGGGGUUCACGUGGUUUGGAGAACCUCGAGGAGCCAUCGCUCUCGGUACCAGAGUGUCUGACACGUGUGCCCCAGACGGUGACCGGGCUUCUGUCACCCCCCCACUCGGGGAAGCGGUCCGUUCUCGUGUCGGGGCCCCAUGGGGAGGGCGCAGGCGGCUCCACACCGUCCGGCAUCCCCCUCACACCCGUGUUUCCCCCCCACCACGGGCCCGGCGGGGGCCGCGCUCCGUGGUGGGCUCGGUGCUCUAUGUUAGAGUGCACGCUAGGCACUUUGUUGUGCUGUAUGUACAUACAUUCCGUGUUUUAUAGAAUCCAGAACAAGGGUAAGGCACACGGUUUGUGUUUGAGGCGUUCAGCCAGCUGGGACCAGCUGCCUCAGGCCAAGGCCGUGCCCGUUGGAGAGGGUCCCUGUGCGGGCGGUGCUGACGGCUGGGACCACCUGUGCGUCACCAACCAGCGUGUCACCACCGCCGUCACCACGCCGUCCCCUAAAGCCCGCGAGAAGCCCCACCAAGGUUCGCCGCAGGGAGGCCUGUGGCCACGUAAAGAGAAUUAAAGUAUUUUAUUGUUUCUA